AUGAUGGCGUGUGAUGAAAAAGAUGGUGUGCAAUUGCACUCCGAAGCACCACCGUAUGACAUAUCUGAAAGCUGUGCUGGUGAAAUUCGAGGAAGUGUCGCAUGGUUUCGCAAUUUUAAGAUGAAUGUCUCGUUGUGGUGGUGCAAAUUAGUUCGACUUGUGCAAGGAAUUGAAUAUGAAGAAUUACACCGACUUUGUAAUCGAUACCCAAAACGGAAAGUGCUUGGAGUGAUUUGUGCUGUAAUCUUCGUCCUUUACUACCUGGGUAUAUCUAGUGAUAGCGAACGCAUCUCAAAAGCAGGGCAAUGUGUCAAGGACCGCUUUAAGAACUGGGAGCAAGGAGUUCUCGAUCAAUCAAUAGGCGUUGAUUCAUCUUCUGUGUCAUUCAUUGGUAACGGUCAUAUGGGUGUGGAUGUUAAUGGAGAAUUAAGAUUUCCUUCAAGCGCUUCCAGUAUUCUGGAUUUUGCCACAGGCUUUAAACCUUUCGUUAAUUUCAAUGUUGUCGGCACUGCCUCGUCAGCCGAAACAACAUUCACCGAAUUCAAGACCGGACGUCUUCGCAAGAUCCGGUGUUAUGUUGUGGAAGGCGAAUGUGCGUGCAUUAUAAGAAGUAGCUAUGCGCACCGAACGAAGAAGGAACUUUUGGUCGAGGAAGUAAAGAUUGUCAACCCAACGAAGGCAUCUAUCACUGUGAAAAUGGAACGACCUGAAGAAAUGAAGUGGUCCGCCAAUAAGACAGGUGACGCGAUUGUUUAUACUCAAUCGUUUCCGUUACAUCUAUCGUCUCUAACCGCAGCGAUCAUGUGUUCGAGUGUUCCGGCGGAAUAUACGGUAUCUCAGAAGAGGGAAGAAACCAUUCGCUUCAUGUGCAUUGUCGUACAAAAGGAACUGUCCAGCAACAUGGCAAUGGACACGAAACCCGUACUGCAGGAGCUCACCAAGAAGGUCAUCAGUGAGUACAGUCGACUAAGUGUGGUCGCGCCGCUGUCCGUGGAUGUAUCUCAUGAACGGGCCUGGGAAACGCUGAAUGCUGCCACAUUCUACUUAUCUCCGUCGAAAGCACCGAAGGUUUUGAAUGGUGAUCAAAUCAAUGCAACUCGAUACAUUCUCAUGAGCAACGUCAAAGCUCCUCUCCUGGAGGAAUCAUUCCCUGAAGACAAGAGAAAGGCGCUGGAAUUGUCGUCAAGGCGCAAUGAAAGAUGCUACAGUGAGCACUCAACACUACUGUAUCCGUCAAAGUUGUGGCAGGACUGGCAUAAAAUUGAAGACCUGAUGCGUCUGGCAGAGAUCUGGCUUUUAACCCUUGAUAAGAGGGGUUGUGCUUCCAUACUGAAAUCAGGUGCUACUGGACUUGCGCAGGCAUUCACCCUGUCGCUGGCUGCUGCGUCAUAUCACGAUUCUCAUCUGGAAGUUGCGCUAUCUAUUUCCGAUCUUCAUCGUGAGCUCGCGUUUGGUGGCUUGCCGAUUGGAAUCGGUGUGGGCGAUGCCAGCGCUCGUGUUCGCAUCGAUGCUGACAAUACACCUUACUUCGAGGUAUCAGCAACGGCCACACUGUACGCUUGUGGAGGAGGUUGCUUGGGGGAGCCUGUUACUUUGGGCAAAACUCCAGUCAGGAUCCCUAUAAAGGUCACUAAACCAGAGACAAGUAUAUUGUACAUUGCGACGAGCCGCAAGCAUCUGGAGCAAUUACGAUCAACGAUUCAUGUUUCGGAAGUGAUGUCAGCACCGGCUCAUGAAAGCGAACUUCUUGCACUGCAUCGACAUGGCUCUACGAUGGGAGGACUUCCGGCAUGGUUUUGGUUUAUUCUUGGUAGGUCUUGUUCUCAUUCCUUGAAUCAGGGUUUGAAAAAAGAUAGUAUGGGAGUUUUAACUUCGGUGGAAAAGGUAAUGGUGCUACAUUGGCGCCGGCGGCAGUUUCGCAAUAAAUUGCUCUAG